AUGCCACCAAGGAGGAUUGGGCGACCCCGAGGGAGAGGGAGAGGAAGAGGAAUUGGAGUAGUGCCACCACCCGAACAUGAAGAAUUUGAGGAACAACGUGAAAUAACUCCACCACCCCCACCACCUCUAGUAUCAGAUCGAAGAAAAGAAGAGAUUUUCCUGAAACAAAAACCACCAAUAUUUGAUGGUAUGGGUGAUCCUACGGAUGCAGAAACUUGGAUACGCACAAUUGAACGCAUUUUCAACUUAUUUCACUUCACAGAUCCAGAGCGCUUAAUUUGUGUGCCUUUCCAAUUAAAAGGGUCGGCAGAUUACUGGUGGGAGGCACGCAAAAAAAUAAUGGGGGCUCAAGAGUUAACUAAUAUGACCUGGGAGCAAUUCAAGGAAGGAUUCUAUGAGAAAUAUAUUCCCAAAAGUUACCGGAAGAAUAAGGAAAUGGAAUUUUAUAAUCUGAAACAAGGGAGGAUGUCAGUAAUAGAUUACGAGCGUAUAUUCACUGACAUGUCCAGAUAUGCCCCGGAUCAGGUUAACACAGAGGAAAAAAUGGCUGAAAAAUUUUGUGGUGGGUUAAGACAUGAAAUAAGAAUGGCACUGGCAAGCCAUGGUGGAUUAUCUUAUUCUGAAUCUCUUCAACGAGCGCUUGCCAUUGAGUCAGCAAUGCCAGUAGAGAAACCUAUGCCUAGUGUACCACCGCCACGUGCUCAAAUUCAAAGUCCAGGAGACAAAAGAAAGUGGGAUGGUAAUCAAACUCAGUGUGAACAAAAGAAACCAUGGUAUGGCCAAGAUCGUGCGCAGAACUUUCCAAGACAGCUCACUUUCAAUUCAGCGGGAAGCCGACCAAGUCCCAUUCCAUGCUCCAAUUGUAACAAGAUACAUAAUGGGAUAUGUAGAGCCGGGACUGAAGCUUGUUAUAAGUGUGGUAAAAUUGGUCAUUUUGCAAAAAAUUGUCCAACCAAGUCUUAUGGAAGGGGUACAAGACCCUAUCCACUAGGACAACACUCCCAGCUACGGGCGGUAAAUGUACAACCUCAGAGAGGUCAGCAACAACCCCCACGAUGUCUGCAACACCAUCAACUGAGGCUUCCAACACAGGCCAGGGCCUACGCACUGAGGCGGGAGCAACCUGAGGGAGAAAAAGGAAAUCUGGCAGGUAUGGCCAUGCUACUUGACAUACCUGUCAUUUUAUUAUUUGAUACUGGAGCUUCACAUUCUUUUAUAUCGGACUCUUGUGUUGAUACCUUGAGACUGACAACUGAACCAGCUGAAUAUAAAAUCAAGGUAACCUCACCCGUCGGAGGAAUUAUAGAAAUCACUCGAACUUGCUCGAACAUAGAAGUCUUAUUGGGGGAACAUAGGAUCCUAGUUAGUAAUUUGAAGGUCCUGAAAAUGUGUGAUGUUGACCUUAUACUAGGAAUGGAUUGGUUGGCUGAAAACCAUGUCACCAUCCAAUGUAAAGAAAGAAAAAUUUUCUUUCAAAACACAAGCGAAGCACUAACAAGUUUCUAUGGGGUCACCAUGAAUAAACGACAAUCCAUAAUCUCUGCCUUACAAGCAACAACAUUAAUAAGAAAAGGGUGUUCCGCUUACAUCGUUUACCAGAACGAGGAACAUAAGAAAAAAAUGGAAAUCGGGGAUGUGAACGUCGUGCGUGAGUUUCCAGACGUGUUUCCUGAUGUUCUACCUGGGUUACCACCUGAUAGACAACUGGAAUUUAACAUUGAUUUGGAACCUGGAUCUGCCCCAAUAUCGAAAGCACCAUACCGGAUGGCGGCAAAGGAAUUGGGAGAACUCAAGAUACAGUUACAGGAACUCAUGGAUCUAGGCUUUAUCAGACCUAGCACUUCACCAUGGGGAGCUCCUGUACUCUUUGUCAAAAAGAAGGAUGGAUCGCUAAGAAUGUGUAUUGACUAUCGGGAACUGAACAAGCUAACACUUAAGAAUAAAUACCCAUUGCCGAGGAUAGACGAUUUGUUCGAUCAGCUCAAGGAUGCUAGGGUAUUCUCCAAAAUGGAUUUAAGAUCCGGCUAUCACCAGUUAAGGAUUCGACCAGAAGAUGUACCCAAAACGGCUUUUCGCACCCGAUAUGGUCAUUAUGAAUUUUUAGUAAUGCCUUUUGGAUUGACUAAUGCCCCUGCUGUAUUUAUGGAUCUAAUGAAUCGCGUAUUCCAUCCCUAUCUGGAUAAGUUCGUCUUGGUCUUCAUAGACGACAUACUCAUCUACUCGAAGGGUGUAAAGGAACAUGAUGAACACCUCAGAGUUGCAUUAGAAACCUUGAGGACUGAAAAGCUCUAUGCAAAAUUUAGCAAAUGUGAAUUUUGGCUAAAUGAGGUGAACUUCCUUGGACAUGUGGUAACUGCGGAAGGCAUUCGAGUGGAUCCGGCAAAAGUGGAGGCUAUACAAAACUGGAAACCACCAACCACCCCUAGUGAAAUUCGAAGCUUCCUUGGGUUGGCCGGCUACUACAGAAGGUUCAUUGAAGGUUUCUCCAAGAUUUCUAGGCCAAUGACGCAACAACUUAAAAAGGGCAUCAGGUUUGUGUGGACAUCAGAAUGCGAACAUAGCUUCCAACUGCUGAAGGAAAAAUUAACAACAGCUCCGGUGUUAGCAGUCCCUGAAUCAGGAACAAGCUAUGUAAUUUACACAGAUGCCUCAAAGAAUGGGUUGGGUUGUGUGUUGAUGCAAAAUGAGAAAGUAAUUGCUUAUGCGUCACGAUAA